AUGCGUCUGCGUCUCCCCGGCCUGCCGCAUGGGAAGAUAGCAAUAUGUGCGCUUCUCGCGCCCUCCCUGCUAAUCACGAACCUAACCGUCAACCUGGUCCUCGCCACCCUCCAAUCCGACGACAUAUCCUGGACCGAAGCCCUGCACCUCCACAUCCCAAACCUGCAAAUAAUCCGCUACAUCUCCGACUCCCCCUCCUCCGAAUACCACCCUCCAGUCCCUAACAAAGGCCGCGAAGCACUCAUGUACCACACAUACUUCAGCGCCUUCUACACGCGCCUGCCCGACAUCUCCAUCCUAAUCCACGCCCACGAAGCGCCCUGGCACUCGGACCUGGCCCUCUUCACCAGCAUGUUCUUCACGCUCUCGCACCUCUCGCUCCCCCACGUCCUCGAACGCGGCUACGCCAAUCUGCGCGUGAGCUGGAAAGACGCCUGUCCGGCUUGGAUCAACACGACGAAGACGCCAGAGGAGUCGUGGAAACAGGAAGAGCCAUUUAUGGCGCAAGCGUUCGCCGAGAAUUUCGCGCCAUGGGGCGUGCGGUAUGUGCCGGAGAUUUUGGCGGGACCAUGUUGUAGCCAGUUCGCUGUCUCUAGGGAUGCUGUGCUGGCGCAUCCGAGGGAGCAGUAUGAACAUCAUGCUAGGUGGCUGGUGGAGAGUGAUUGGAGUGAUUAUAUUGUGGGGCGGACGUGGGAGCAUAUGUUUCCGUUCUUGUUCAAGGGGGAGGGUGUGGAUUGUCCGGUGGAGUGGAAGGUGCUGUGUCGCAUGUAUGGGGUUUGUUUUGAGGGCGCGGGGGAGUUUGAUAUGUGGCAGGAGUUGGGGAGGGAGAGGGAGGGGUUGUGGGGGAGUAUGGGGUUUUGGGCCGAGCUGAGGGAUCCGGGGAAGGUGCAGAGGAUGAGAGGGAGGGUGCAGGAAAUUGAGGGGGAUAUGGCGAAAAUAAUGGGGGGAGGCGUUGGAGAGGGGGAGGGAAGAGAAGGUUAG